AUUUUCUCGCUCAGCGGCGGCGGGAGCGCGCAGUGGAUCCUGACACUCGCAGAGGAAGAAAAAGCGCCGUCGGAUUGCACCGAGUUACCGGAAAAAAAAUGUUUCCUCCACCGCCCUUCAUCAACGCUGUUAAGGUCUGCAAAAGUCAUUUAAAAGGAACCGCAACAUAUGAGGACUGGAGUUUUUCCGACCAUUAAACUUCUUUCAGAGGAUUAUAAACUACAGUAAAUUAUAAAACACAGGAAUUGAACUUAACAUUGCACAGGUGCAGAAAAUGGCCAGAAGGCUCCUGCAGCUCCUUGCCUUGUGGACUACCAUGGUGGGCAUUGUGCAGUGUUGUCCAGAGCUCUGCAGCUGUCUGGAUAAAUUUGCCCACCAGUUUGCUGACUGUGCUUACAAAGACCUGCUGGCGGUACCCGUGGGUCUUCCCUCCAAUGUCACCACACUGAGUCUUUCUGCCAAUAAGAUCAAAUUACUGAAAAGUAAAAGCUUCAUCAAUGUCACGCAGGUCACCUCUCUGUGGUUGGCCCAUAAUGAGAUAGUUACCAUAGAGAAGGACACUCUGGCCCCCCUGAUUCAACUCCGCAACCUGGACAUCAGCUACAACAAGAUUGUAAACUUUCCAUGGGAGGAUCUGCACAACCUCACUGCCCUGCAGCUUCUGAAAAUGAACAACAAUGAAAUGGUCAAUCUUCCAGAGGAUGCCUUUUCCACCCUGAAAGACCUGAGGUCGCUGCGAAUUAACAACAACAAAUUUUCCACCAUUGUGCAGGGAACAUUCACUGCUCUCUCCUCUAUGUCCCACCUUCAGAUUUUUAACAACCCUUUCUCCUGCUCCUGCAACCUCGAAUGGCUGAGGGAUUGGAUCGCCACAACCAAGAUAUCUGUACCUGAGCAGAAUACCAUUGUAUGUGACGCCCCUGAACACCUGAGGGGUACACUGGUAACAAACAUGCCCAGACUGAACUGUAAGGCUCCCGUUGUCACAAUUACCUACCAUCCUGACAUUGAGAACACAGAGAUCUAUGAGGGCUCCAUGGUGAUCUUGAAUUGCGAAACUCAAGGAAACCCACCACCACAAGUCAUGUGGGAAAUAAGUGCAGGAAAUCAGCAUUUUCAACUUCUCUUGCCUGCAAAUGUUGCGCAAAAUGAAGUUCCAGUUAAUGACAAAUCCACCAGAAAUCAGUUCCUCCUCUAUCAAAAUGGUACCCUCAUCAUGCCUCGCAUAAGUAAAAAAGAGAGUGGAAAUUUCACCUGCUCUGCAGCCAAUGAAUUAGGCAGGGCUGAGAGUAGUGUUAAAGUGGCCCUGGCAGGCACCCAAAAGCACACCCCCAACUCAGUGCUUGAUACUACAGCGGAAAAGAGUCGCACCACUGUUAGCAAGCCUGCAGGGCCUAAGAUCUCUAAAAACAAUGUGAUCAACUGGUCCAAAACUGAUGAAAAGACAAAGGGCAGCCCUGCGGGUUCAUCUGACAAACAUGACGGCACAGAGCAGGAUGGAGGGGUUCUGAAAGACCCCACCUUUGCAAGCAAGUGUGGUGUGCAGGACAGCAGUGAAUACAUCUCCAACCAUGCCUUCAAUUUGAGCUUGGAUGACCUGAAACAGUACACUUUUGAUUUUGGUGUUAUUGCGCUGGAAGUGUCAGAGACUGAGGCCAAAGUCCAGCUGAAUCCAUUGCAGCUCCCCAGCAGCAAAUCUAACCUUCACCUGAGUCAAAGUGAACACCUGGAAACAGUGAACAAAGAGCCGUUCAGUCUGUAUCAGUCCUCAUCCAGCAAAUCCUCCUCUCUAGACAUACUCUACCUCUGUGUAAAUACAGGCAAUGGACACUCAAUGGUGGAGUGGUCUAAGAUAGAGGAGGGGGUUAACUCCUACCACUUCCGCAAUUUACAGCCUGGUACCAAUUAUACACUGUGUCUCACCUAUGGGGGGCAGGACUGCCAAGUUCAAGUUGUCUUCACAACCAGGAAGAAAAUCCCCUCCCUCCUCAUCAUUGUGGUUGUCAGUAUUUUCCUUCUGGCUUUGGCCACAGUUCCCUUGCUGGGGGCCACCUGCUGCCAUUUAUUAUACAAGUACCAGGGGAAGACCUACAAACUGAUCAUGAAGGCCCAGAACCCGGAUCAGAUGGAGAAACAAAUGGCCGGAGAUUUUGAUCGCAGGGCGUCUUUUGUGGAGUCAGAGAAAACCUUCAACCCCAGCGAGUUAGGGGAGGGGGAGGGAGAGGCCGAGGGAGAGGAGGGGGACAGGGAGGGAGAGGCUGAGGGGAGCGUCGUUACCGAGUCCAUCCCGGGGUCCUCAUCCAAAACCAACCAGGAGGAGUUUGAGGUGGGCUCGGAGUACAGUGACAGACUCCCGCUGGGCGCUGAGGCGGUCAACAUCUCCGAGGAAAUCAACGGCAACUAUAAGGAGCCCAGCCGCUGAACUCCACUGAAGCAUACCCAGUCUGUUGUAAAAUAUUUGAUUUUUAAGUAGCUUACAUCCAAGCAGGUAACUCACCCACCAUCACCUACACGUGAAAUCGACGGGUUCUUAAAAAAAAGGUGACUCUUUUUUUAUUUUUUACCUCAGAAAGCACUCCAUCAGUCACUGAGAUUGUUAAUUCAUUCAUGUGACAUAUGUCGUUUAAGGUUAAAACUCACGUUUACAAUGCAAGCACAGAUAAUCUGCAGUUUCUCAAAACCUUAGAACGGACAGAAAAGCGGUCAGAUAUUCCCUUUCUGCAGGACAGCUGGAAAUUGUAAACGGACGGAGGACGGAGGCUAUAACGCUCGCCACGGUCACGCGUAACGGAGGGCACAACUAUAUCAACAUGCGAUCGGCGUUUUCUAGAGCACAAAAACAAGCAAAAAGUAGUAUAAGUGCCAUAUUUUCAAAGCCAUCAGAAAUUAACAUCAGGGACCAGAUGCUCUUUUGGAGCCGUGUGCGUCAGUGAAGAGAUGAAGAAAAAACAGAUCUUACACCUGUCAGAUACUUUUCAUCUUUUCAUCCGUCGACGCACCGGCUCCACUUUUUUCAUCUACGGAUGUGUAGAUUUUUUACAGCAGUGAUAUUAAUGCUCGGUGAUGUUGCGUCUGAGAGCGCACACUGUGGCGCGCAGCCUGCUGUCCUGUGCGUAAAAAAGGGAAAUAUCACUUUUAACUGCGCUGUGCUUGACGGGAAACCCCUGGUUAUUUACCACGUUACCAACAAAUGUUGUUUCACGUAAUGUAAGGCUUUAAAAUGUGCGAUUUUAACCUCUUAAUAAACGGGUGCUUGUUUUACUCUCGCUUUUUACAAUUGAACGUGUCCAUGGCAUGUCACACGUAUUUACCUGUGUGGUUUUUAUUAGUGUAGUCUAGAGGACUUUAGAUGUUACUGUCAACAUGUGAUGUAAAGCCAUGUGAAUUGAGCUUAUUCUUUUUUUUACGACGGUAAAUUUCUAUGAAGCCUCAACAAAAAGCGCACGAGCGCGUGGCGGCUUCACUGUCUUGUAAUUUGACAUAGUGAUUUUUUGUGAACUGUUGUGAAACGAAAUCAAGAAACGUGAUCUUUUGAGAUUUUUUGAUAUUAUUUUAUGUAAGUGGAAUUAAUAAAAUAUAUGAAACUAAA